CCGGACGGACGGAGGGACAGACAGACAGACAGACAGACAGACAGACAGCAGCACUUUAAAUACCCCGCAGCCUCUAACGGGACAUUUGACAGCUGAGACGCGUUCACGUCUCUCCGGACACCCUCCCUCUCUCUCUCUCUCUGUGUUCUCCUGUGAUGGAGCUCCUGGAUCAGUUCCUCCAGAGACCUCUCCUGCUGCUGCUGCUGCUCCGGGUCUGAAGCUGCUCCGCUCCGUGUCCUCCUCCUCUUCUCCUCCGUCCUCCUCUCUGUCUCUCAGCGGGCCUCCGUCUCCUCCGUGACUCUCUGUUCUCAUGCGAUUCUUCAGACUCACAUUCAAGUGUUUCGUGGAUUGUUUUUGAAGGUCGCCGUCCCGUCGUUGGUUUAAUUCUCUUUAUUUUUUAUUUUAAAACACAUUUUUUUUUUUUUAAAUCAUUAUUUUCGAAUAAUCUCUCUUUUCUUUGGAUCUGAGAAAAGAAAUGUCUCCAGAUUAUUACUAGACAUUAAUUAAAUUCGUCUGAAUAAAAUUGGAUUAAAAAAGAAAAACGACCAUUAAACCUGCAGCUUUGCUGAGAAUAAUAAUAAUCUUUAUUAUUAUUAGUGAAGGAAACAGAGAAUAGAGAUCUGAACGGGACGGAGCUGGACCUGCUGCGGACUGACUGACUCAUCUGUUUCUGACUGAGUGGUUUGUUACUGGGAGGAAGAAGAGAGAAGAAGCUUUUAAAGGUACAAAAAAAACUGGUAAAUUAAAUUAAAGGGAACAUUGAGACUGAUUAGUUUUUGCAACCAGUACGAACUGCUCCUUUAAACUGUUUUUUUGGGGAAGAAGUGAUAUCAAGUGAGAUAAAGCUGCAGGAAUCAAAGGGAAGCUAAGAGAGAGAGGUUUUGAAUUACUGGGUUUGUGACGGGUGUCUAACUGGGAAAAGACAAAAAACUUGCCAGAAUUAAAGGGAGAAGAGACUGAAACCAGUGAAACCAGUGCUGACUUACUGGUAUCCGACAGUUAGGAAGAAUCAGAUUUUAUACUGAAAGAAAAAGAAGAGAAAUUAAAAAAAAAAACUGCAGAGUUAAAGGGAGAAGAGACUGAAACCAGUGCAACCAGUGCUGACUUACUGGUAUCUGACAGUGAGGAAGAAACAGAUUUUAGACUGAAAGAAGAUUUCAAAGUUACAAAAAACUGCAGAGUUAAAGGGAGAGUUGAGACCGACUGGUUCCCGCCCGUGAUGGAGAAGCAGGCCCUGUCAGCCUCCUCCUGCUCUCUGGUUCUCCUGGAGGAGACCAAGAAGAACCCCCUCCCCCUGUCCAACGGCAGCGGCGGCGGCGACCGAUAUGCCGCCACGGCCUCUAACGGCAGCCUCGUCCCGCUCACGGCAGCGGUGGCGGGGUCCGGCGGCGCUUGCGGCGGACCGGACCGGAAAGUGGUGACGGGGCCAGGAUACCCGGAGCGGGAGACGUGGACGCGGCAGAUGGACUUCAUGAUGUCCUGCGUGGGCUUCGCCGUCGGACUCGGGAACGUGUGGAGGUUCCCGUACCUGUGCUACAAGAACGGAGGAGGCGUCUUCCUCAUCCCCUACCUGCUGAUCGUGUUCGUCGGAGGAAUACCGAUCUUCUUCCUGGAGAUCGCUCUGGGUCAGUUCAUGAAGGCCGGCAGCAUCAACGUCUGGAACAUCGCUCCGCUAUUUAAAGGUCUGGGUUAUGCCUCCAUGGUGAUUGUGUUUUUCUGCAACACCUACUACAUCAUGGUGUUGGCCUGGGGCUUCUACUACCUGAUCAAGUCCUUUAACUCCACCCUCCCGUGGUCCACCUGUGACAACGAAUGGAACACGGCCAACUGCAUCGAGAUUUUUCGUCGCCAGGACUGCAGCAACGCCACCAACGCCACCUACAUCGGCAACAUGACCUGCGCCGAGCUGGCUAAUGCACGGUCGCCCAUCAUCGAGUUCUGGGAGAACAAGGUGCUGAACAUCUCUUCCGGUCUGGGUGACACCGGAGAGUUUAACUGGGAGCUCAUGUUGUGUCUGAUGGCCGUCUGGGUGAUGGUUUACUUCUGCGUCUGGAAGGGAGUCAAAUCCACUGGGAAGAUUGUGUACUUCACGGCGACAUUCCCCUACGUGGUCCUCAUCAUCCUGCUGGUCAGAGGAGUCACACUUCCUGGAGCCUACGACGGCAUCAUGUACUACAUCAAACCUGAUUGGUCCAAACUGGGGGAGGCUCAGGUGUGGAUCGACGCCGGCACGCAGAUCUUCUUCUCGUAUGCCAUCGGGCUUGGAGCGCUGACGGCUCUGGGCAGCUACAACCGCUUCAACAACGACUGCUACAAAGACGCCUUCGUCUUGGCUCUAAUAAACAGCGGAACCAGUUUCUUUGCUGGUUUCGUGGUGUUUUCUAUUCUGGGCUUCAUGGCUGCUGAGCAGGGAGUCGACAUCUCGCAGGUCGCUGAAUCAGGUCCAGGUCUGGCCUUCAUUGCGUAUCCGAAGGCGGUCAGUCUGAUGCCGGUGGCUCCUCUCUGGGCGGCGCUCUUCUUCUUCAUGCUGCUGCUGCUCGGACUGGACAGUCAGUUUGUCGGGGUGGAGGGUUUCGUUACUGGAAUCCUGGAUGUGUUUCCUGGCAAGCAGAACUUUCGCUACAGAAGGGAGAUCUCUGUGGCGAUAUGCUGUUUACUGUGCUUCAUUAUUGACCUCUCCAUGGUGACGCAGGGAGGGAUGUACGUCUUCCAAUUGUUUGACUACUAUUCGGCCAGUGGAAUGACUCUGUUGUGGCAAGCAUUCUGGGAAUGCAUAGUAGUUGCCUGGGUUUACGGUGCUGACCGCUUCAUGGAUGAUGUAGCUCGUAUGAUUGGCUACCGGCCUUUCCCCUGGAUGAAGUGGUGCUGGUCCUUUAUAACUCCAUGUGUCUGCAUGGGCAUCUUCCUGUUCCACCUGGUGAACUACAAGGCGCUGACCUACAACAAUACGUAUGUGUACCCGUGGUGGGGCGAGGUGAUAGGCUGGUGUAUGGCUCUGUCCUCCAUGCUCUGCAUCCCCGUCAGCGUCCUCUACAAACUUUUCAGCGCCAAGGGAACCUUCAAAGAGCGCUGGGCUCACCUGACCACUCCUGUGUGGGGGGCCCAUCACCUGGAGUACAUGGCCCCCGACAUCAAGGCCCUGACCUUGCUGUCCCCCGGCACCGACGAAAACAAGGUCAUCAUCUUUGAGAGCGUCAUGUAGAGGCUGGACUCCACCAAUCACAGCGCUCCAUCUCCAUCCAGACACCUCAGAGUGACCACCGGUCGGUUGCCUCUGGUAUCAACUCUUCAGCACUUCCAAAACGUCAGCAGCCACCAAAGCUACCAACAUGUUUCACACCUGUAAAAGAAUAAAGGAAUGAAGCGGCUCCUCCAGGAGGGUUUUUAUAAUCACAGCAACAACGAAAUAAACUAAACUAAAUGAAACCAGCAGAUCACUGGCUUCUUUAAGGCUUUAAAAGUCUUCCAUUCCUCCGGCUCUCAAUAUGGAAAUUGUAAAUAAUACUCUCUUGGACUAUUUAAAGGAUCAAAUGCUAAUUUUCCACAAAAACCUGGAGGGGCUGAAGAAGAAGAAGAAGAAGAAGAAGAAGAAGAAGAAGAGGGUCGGGGAGAUUUUCACUGUGUUCAAAAACAAAACGCUGCUGAACGUCGGGCUUCCUCCAUGUUGGAUGAAGCGUAUCAAUGCAAACACACACCUUAUAGACGGCCAUCACACACACACAUACACACAUUUCAUCAUCACAGGGACUUGGUGCUCAAGUCUAAACUUCCCGUGCUGUGUGUGUGUGUGUAAUGGCUGAUUAUUAAGACAGAGUUGUAGACAGACUGACCCCGAGAGAAUGACCAGAGGUCAUUUGCGUCGUAACAGGAAACAUAGCAAACCGCUCUGCUCUUCAGUCCUGUGGUCAAAAUGAAGGAGGUAAGAAAAGAUGAUUGGUGGCUUCCCAUCAAUGAGGAGGAAGUAGAUCCUCCAAUUUAGUUGUCAAGACACUUGUAAUAGAAAAAGUUUCCAUGCUGACGAGGGAUGGGAAUCGAAAAGUGGUUCCAAAUUGAGACUUUCUUGACUUGCAAAACUAUCUUUUAAAUUGACAAACAUCAUAUGUGUGAAAUGUCUCUCUUGCCGUUGACUACUGUUCAUAUUUUUUCCGAAAUAAGGUCCCAUGGUGGUCCACCCGAAGGGGCGGGACUUUGCCGCCUCUCUAUAAAGGAAUCGAUAAAGAAUCGGGCCGAUGAGCAGAAUUAGA